AUGGUGACCCUGAACCGGGAAAACUUCGACUACGAUCUGGUGGUUAUCGGUGGCGGUUCGGGUGGUUUGGCGUGCGCCAAGGAGGCCGCCCAGCUCGGUGCGAAGGUGGCGGUUCUGGACUUUGUGAAACCAUCGCCUCGUGGAACGGUCUGGGGUACCGGCGGCACCUGCGUCAACGUGGGCUGCAUCCCGAAAAAGCUGAUGCACCAGGCGGCGCUGCUGGGCGAAGCGAUUCACGAUUCGCAGCCUUAUGGUUGGCUGUUUAGCGACCCGGAUUCGGUGCGCCACGACUGGGUCUCGCUCGUCGAGUCGGUCCAGAACCACAUCAAGUCCGUCAACUGGGUGACGCGUGUCGAACUGCGGGAGCAGAAGGUGGAGUACCUUAAUGGGGUAGGCCGCUUCAAGGACCCACACACGGUUGUGGCGGUUCUAAAGGACCAGACCGAGCGAGAGCUCCUCACGAAGUGUGUGCUUAUUGCAGUCGGUGGUCGACCUCGCUACCCGACGGAUACACCCGGUGCCCUUGAAUAUGGUAUCAGCAGCGACGAUUUGUUUAGCUUACCGCAGACCCCAGGCCGGACACUGAUCGUAGGUGCCGGCUACAUCGGACUGGAGUGUGCCGGCUUCCUUCGAGGUCUCGGGCAGAACGUAACGGUGAUGGUGCGCUCGAUACUGCUGCGUGGAUUCGAUCGUCAGAUGGCCACUCUGGUCGGUGAAUCGAUGGUCGAGAGAGGUAUUCGUUUCCUGCACCGCACACGAACCCUUGCCGUAGAGAAACAAUCGGAUGGAAGACUGAAGGUGCGUUAUCAGACAUGUGGCGAUGACGCAGACGAGGAGGACCUCUUCGACACGGUGCUGUUUGCCAUUGGCCGCCAACCGGAAACGGCAUCGCUCCGGCUAGAUCUAGCUGGUGUGCUAACAGUUAACGGAUCCGGCAAGAUCGAUGUCAACGACGCGCAUCAGACGAACGUGGAGAACAUCUACGCGGUUGGCGAUGUCCUGUACCGGAAGCCGGAACUGACACCAGUAGCGAUCCACGCGGGACGCUUCGUUGCCCGGCGAAUGUUUGGCAAUUCCGACGAAACGAUGGACUACCGGAACGUGCCCACGACCGUUUUCACACCCCUCGAGUAUGGGUGUGUGGGUAUGGGUGAGGAGCAAGCUGAGGAAUGCCACGGCAAGGACAACAUCGAGGUGUACCACGCCUACUACAAACCGACCGAGUUUUUCGUCCCUCAACGUUCGGUUCGCCACUGUUACCUGAAGACCGUGGCGCUUCGCGGGGGCGAUCAGCACGUGCUGGGACUACACUUCCUCGGCCCGGGCGCCGGUGAGGUUAUGCAAGGCUUUGCGGUGGCCCUCAAGUGCGGCCUGACGAUGAAGGUCCUGCGCGACACCGUUGGCAUUCAUCCGACGGUUGCUGAGGAGUUUACGCGACUCACGAUUACCAAGAGCUCGGGACUCGAUCCGACGCCGGCCUCUUGCUGCAGCUAA